AUGGAGGGAGGCGGCGGGGGUGGAGGGGGCCGGCGGAGGCAUGGACGAAGGGGUUCGACGGCGGCGCGGGUGGAGGGGGCCGUUGGCGGCGCGGGGCGGAGGGCGUCGGUGAUGGCGCCUACGAGCGACAACGACGACUACCGCGCCACGACGACGACUACCGCCGGCCACGUCGCUUCCCCUCUCCGCGACCCCUCCUCUCCCAGAUCCGGCGGCGCCUCAGCGGGGAGGGCCGGUGGCGGCAGCGGUUCGGCGGGGAGGUCCGGUGGCAGCUCGGCGAGGCUCGGCGACGAGGGUCAGCGCUGA